CUUCCCCCAACAAACUCCAACAACGAACUCCGACAAAGGAAACUCUUGACUCUCCUCCUCCUCCUCCUCCUCCUCCUCCUCUCUCCCGCUCUUCAAUUGCUCUUCUCUCUUCUCUUUUUUCUUCCUCUGUCUGAUAUUGCUGCCGAUAUUAUCCCGUUUCUGGUUUCCUGAUCCACCUCCGCACCCUGUCCUUCUCAAGUCUCGAGUAGAGUAGUUAUGUUCCGCCCCGUCUUCCCUCGUCUCGCAACCGGCCGAACGGUUAGCCGGCCAUUCCCGCAAUCACAUAUUUCCCCUAUCCCAGCUCCCCUCUCCGGUGCCUAUAUCCUUAGAUACUCGAGAAGAGGUUAUGCGACGAGCACAGAGGAGCAUGAUUUGGUUAUAAUAGGCGGCGGUGUUGCUGGAUAUGUUGCGGCGAUAAAAGCUGGUCAGGAAGGCCUAAAAACUGUCUGUAUCGAAAAAAGAGGAAAAUUGGGCGGCACAUGUUUGAACGUCGGCUGUAUCCCAUCGAAAUCCCUUCUGAACAACUCCCACCUAUACCACCAAGUCCUCCACGACACCAAGAAGCGCGGUAUCGAGGUCGGAGAUGUCAAGCUCAACCUCGAGCAGAUGAUGAAGGCCAAGGACUCCUCCGUCGACUCCCUCACCAAAGGCAUUGAGUUCCUACUAAAGAAAAAUAAAGUCGACUAUGUUAAGGGGACCGGUUCGUUCGUUGAUCAGCACACCGUCAAGGUUGACCUGCUGGAAGGCGGUGAGAAGACUUUCAAGGGGAAGAACAUCAUUGUCGCUACUGGCAGUGAAUAUACCCCUUUCCCCGGCUUGCCCGUCGACGAGAAGCGCAUCAUUUCAAGCACUGGCGCCCUAUCACUAACAGAAGUACCGAAAAAGAUGGUUGUCAUUGGUGGUGGUAUCAUUGGUCUGGAAAUGGCCUCUGUAUGGUCCCGACUGGGCGCGGAAGUUACCGUCGUCGAGUUCCUAGGCCAAAUCGGCGGCCCAGGAAUGGAUACUGAGAUCGCCAAGCAAGCCCAGAAGAUUCUAGGGAGACAGGGUAUCAAAUUCCUCGUCAACACGAAGGUUACCUCCGGCGAUGCCAGCGGCAAAAAUAUCGUUCUGAACGUCGAAGCUGCCAAGGGCGGCAAGGAGCAAACCCUAGACGCUGAUGUCGUGCUUGUCGCCAUCGGCCGCAGACCAUACACCGAGGGUCUGGGCCUGGAGAAGGUCGGCCUCGAAGUUGACGAGAAGGGCCGCGUCGUCAUCGACCAGGAAUACCGGACGAAGGCCCAGCACAUCCGCGUCGUCGGCGACUGCACAUUCGGCCCCAUGCUUGCGCACAAGGCUGAGGAGGAAGCCGUCGCCGCCGUCGAGUACAUCAAGAAGGGCUACGGCCACGUCAACUACGCCGCCAUCCCCAGCGUCAUGUACACGCACCCCGAAGUCUCCUGGGUAGGCCAGAACGAAGCCGACGUCAAAGCCGCCGGCAUCAAGUACCGCGUCGGCACGUUCCCGUUCAGCGCCAACUCGCGCGCCAAGACCAACCUCGAGACCGAGGGGCAGGUCAAGUUCAUCGCGGACGCGGAGACGGAUCGGAUCCUGGGCGUGCACAUCAUCGGCGCCGGUGCAGGCGAGAUGAUCGCUGAGGCCACGCUGGCGAUCGAGUACGGUGCUAGCUGUGAGGAUGUGGCGCGGACGUGCCACGCGCACCCGACGCUGUCAGAGGCGUUCAAGGAGGCCGCUAUGGCUACUUACUCGAAGGCUAUUCAUUUCUAAGAGUGAAGGAUUACACCACACCAACUUUACAAUCCGUGAAAUCAAAAUUUCCCCGCCAAAAAACACCGCAUAAAAUGCCAUGCUGUAUAUAUGCAAAAUAUCCCGCCCUCGCCCUGCGUUACUUGUCAAAUGUACCACCCUAACUAGCUAAACCCAUGUAUCUCUCUGUCAAAUAAACUACUUUUAACUUCCCGUCGCCGUCAGCAAUGAUGCACCGAGUAUUCUUAAACUAUCUAUUUCCUUUUUGACUAUUUUUUCCUCCUUCCUCUUCAACCUUCUUGUUUUUUUACCCUUGUGUCUAAUUCCCUUUUUGUAUCUAUGCCCAUAUAAACAAACCCUCAAUCAACAUUUUUUCCACUUGUUCCAUA